ACCCGCCGGUUCCUGUUUAUGCUAGCGCCAGUAAAAAAAAGAAGCUAAUAAUAACUGUAACAAAAGCUUUAACGUGACAACAUCAACUAGUUUCGCUCUAGAUAGUCAGUCAGAAAAUGCUUCAGACAUUUUGUGCACUCAAAGUUAGUGCAGUUUGCAGAUAGUUGAUUAGGGCUACUCUUGGAAAGAAUUGGUUAGCUACCAUCGUUUUUCUUCCUUCGAUUUGGACAGCAGUUGACUGGCCAGCUAUGCCAAAGCAAGGGCUUGCUAGACACAAGGUGAUAUCCUCUGGAAGACUGACUGGUGGGAGGGGCCAGGGCUCAAAGAAGAGGGGAGCAGGGCGUCCACUAGUCACUUCUACUGAGCCGGCUUAUUCCCUCUACUCCACAGACUCAGAGGACCAGGUGACAACCAUUCACCAGGGUCUGGAUCAGUGUGCUGCGCUGCUCAAUGUCAUUCUCCAGGCAGAGACGGCAGAGGCUAAGCCGAUCUCCGUCAGGGGAGCAGGGAAGACUCGAGCCGCCAAAUCCCGACCGCUGUGCACUCUGGGAAAUGAGAGGGUAGACAUAGAGAGGAGGAAGCAGACAAAGAGACCUGUCACUCAGACUGCUAAAAAAACAGUUCCCGUGCAGAAGACGAUCCUGUCAUCCCUGUCGUAUCCUGGGAUGAGGAACAAAGUUCAGAGUUUGGCCGGAAUGUCAGAGCCGGCGUCAGAUGCUCGGUUUAACUGUCGCCUGACCACCUCCACCCCCACCCUGAGUCCCCAAAGACUCCCCCCGAACAACACACUCCCCCCAGGCCCCUCAGUCCCUAUAGCCCAGUCUGGAGGCUCCAUCAUUGGGGUGGCAUCAGUCCACCUGGGGGGCUCUACCUCCACAGCUCCGUUAGCUUCUCCUGGAGCUGUAGCUACGUCUCUACCCACAGCCCCUCUCACAGGCCCAGUGCUCUCUCUCCUCGCAGCCCAGCCAGGAGGCUUCAUCUCUGGGGUUGGAGGUUCGGCUGCCCAGGGAGCUCCAGGUCCUGUAGCCUCGAGGUCCUCGGUGCUCCUUCUGUGGAGAGGCUAG